GCUGAUAGAUUCUUCAGUGGUCACGGUCAUUUCAUCCAAGCAAAGCAGAGCAACAAUGUCGUGUGUUUCAUGCAAAUGUCUUGGCAUAGUUCUUGGUGUGGUUCUUCUCUGUGCCCUUAUUCUUGGGCUAAGCCUUGGAUUGACAUUAAAUGUCAAAUCGAUAGUUUUACGAAGAUGUGAAAGAUACAAAGUAGAGCACCCUGAAAGGUCGAGUGAGAUUGACUGUCAGAAGAUUUGGACCGCGUUUAAGGAUGCUCAUGUGGGGUGGUAUCCGUGUGAUGUUCCAGUGGAGAACUAUGACACUCUCAUGAGAGCACUCCCACGUUCCGACAUUCCAUGCGACAAUAGAUUGUUCUGGAGCAAAACUGAGAACAAACUAGGGAAGUUCAGAGAGAAGAAUAAGUCUAUGUGGACUCUGGGGGAUACACUGCUUGGAUCCAUAAUCACAAUCACAGGGUGCAGCGAAGACAGUCCCUUCUGGAAACGAGCCUCUGCCGACUUUGCAGCGUCUACAUGUGGCCACGCAGCUGUUCUUCUGAGCGCAUCCAUUGAUCCUCCAUACGAUCCAGACAGUAUUUUCGGAAGUGUUGAGGUGAAGAACUUAAACAGCGGUUCGGGUACAGUGCGCAGCCUGACAGCUUAUUUAGUUACUGAUGGCAAGACGACUACAGACUGCACUCAUGCAUCUUUAGACAACCUACGGAAUGACCUGAGGACCAAAAAUGUGGCAUUCAGCUGCCAAAAAAUUUCUUUAUCCAAAUAGACCCUGUCUUGGCUGCUAAUGAACUUGUCCAAUCAGCACCAAGAGAAACUGGGCAUCCACCAUGACUCACCCAAUCAGAUAAACCC